CCAUUUUCUGUUUCAAUGUUUUUUCUUUUUUGGCCUCCCCUGCAACUCUGCAAGCUCCAGCAAUCCAGCAUCAGCAACUAUUAUAUUGUUGAAUUAAUCAAUUCGAAAUUACUGAUCCUGUUCAUACUUCAUACGACGCCAUUUACCUCGCUUCAUCAUCGCCUCUUCUACAAUCUCCUCUGUGAUCUCCUUCUACAAUACCCCAAAUCUCAAGCAGAUCUAGUUCUGCACAUGAAUUGGAACUGAACCUUGAGUGGUGGGAAGACUAUCAUCUUAUGCUGUUGAAAUUCUACUGCACCGUUACUUUAGUGUGACAAUGCAGGCAGUUGAUUCUUUUAAAUUAUCCCAUGAUUUGGGAAUUUGCAAUAAUUGGCGGCAUCACAGAUUCUCUGUACAGAAGCAGUAUCAUUGGAGCAUUCAUAUCGCAAAGAGGUUACAAUUUCAAAGACAUUCUCUUCAAUACAGAUACUAUCAGUUUAGGUGUAAUUCAUUAUUAACACCAAGUCAACCUGUUGACAUUCCAUGUAUAAAGAAUGUUGUUGUAACAUUAACAAGACCUUGUAAUUGUUUACAAAUUAGCAGUCUUUUUCUUAAGUUGAUUCCAGCAGUUGGUACGAUUGUUUUUGGUAUAUGGGGUCUAGGACCACUCCUACACCAAAGUAGAAAUGUAUUCCUUCAGAAGAGUGACAGUAGUUGGGGCAAGAGUGGCACAUAUCGCUUUAUGACCUCUUACCUUCAACCUUUGGUGUUGUGGACUGGAGCAAUGCUAUUCUGCAGAGCAUUGGAUCCAAUGGUGCUUCCAACAGAAGCUAGCCAAAUUGUUAAGCAACGACUUCUGAAUUUUAUCAGAUCACUAUCGACAGUAUUAGCUUUUGCUUAUUGUUUAUCUAGUGUAAUUCAGCAGGUGCAAAAGUUUUUCAUGGCUACGAUUGAUCCCACUGAUACUAAAAAUAUGGGAUUCCAGUUUGCAGGAACAGCUGUAUACUCUGCAGUAUGGAUAGCAGCAGUGUCAUUGUUUAUGGAGUUGCUAGGUUUCUCUACCCAGAAGUUGCUAACUGCUGGAGGGCUUGGGACAGUCAUGCUGACUCUUGCUGGUCGUGAGAUCCUCACCAAUUUCCUUUCUGGCGUAAUGAUCCAUGCAACUCGGCCAUUUGUCGUGAAUGAUGUGAUUCAUACUAAGAUUGAAGGCUGUGAGGUCUCUGGAGCUGUUGAGCACAUAGGUUGGUGGUCACCAACAAUUAUAAGAGGUGAAGAUCGUGAAGCUGUUUAUAUUCCAAACCACCAGUUCACAGUUAAUAUUGUGAGGAAUCUUAGCCGUAAAAGCCAUUGGCGUAUAAAAACUCACCUGGCUAUCAGUCAUCUGGAUUUCAAUAAGAUUAAUAAUAUUGUUGCUGACAUGCGGAAAGUUUUGGCAAAGAAUCCUCAAAUAGAACAAAAGAAGUUGCAUAAAAGAGUAUUUCUGGAAAAUAUUAACCCUGAAAACCAGGCCCUGAUGAUCCUGGUAUCUUGCUUUGUUAAGACCUCACGCGUAGAAGAGUACCUCUGUGUCAAGGAAGCAAUGCUGUUGGAUCUACUCAGAGUUAUUCGACACCACCAAGCUCGACUCGCUACUCCCAUCCACACGGUGCAGAGAGUUAGCGAUGAAGACUUAGGUUACAUUCCAUAUGUUGAUCCUGCCUAUCAUGGAGCAGCAUCAUCAAAGCGUCCAAUGCUACUUCCUGAGCGCCAUUAUAAAUUCAAGGGAGAUCAGACAAAACCCACAUCAGUGCAAGAAAAUGGUGAGGGUGACACCAAGACUACUGAGCAGGCAACACAUGACAAGAAACCUGGUAUCGCGAAUAGAGUAGCUCAUUCCAAAUUUCAUGAUGUUGAUGAUGUCAUGGAAGACCAUAAAGGUACAAACAAAACUUCAUCUGAUGCCGAGCAGCACAGUAAUGCAACACUGAAAGCAACCUCAGAAACAACCUCCAAAACCGACCAAAAGUCUGGUAUUGUGUCAAGUUCUGAUUCUGGUGAUCCACAAGACAUCUCCGUCAACAAACAGCAAAAGAAACUAAGUAGGGGAAGUGUUCUUUCGGCCACAUUGCCAGAGAGUAGAAGAGAAGCAUUAACGUCACAGCCAUCAUCAAAGCCAGCCUUAGAAGACAAUAUAGUUCUUGGUGUUGCUCUGCAGGGUUCAAAACAAACCCUCCCCAUCAAAGAGGGGAUAAAGCCAUCCCCAUACCAGGCAGAAGCGAAGGAACUUGCUAUUUCUCAUAGUAGCAAUGGCUCCAUCGUUGCAAAACCAGAUAAGCAAGAGAAUCAUCAAUAUCCAGACAGUUCGAGUAUUACGACUGUUGAUUAGUUGGAAAAGCAGGAAUAGCAUGGGCUUUGCACUAGGCUACUCGUUAUAUUUCAUGAUUAAAAUUAUAUUGGUGCUUCAUGAUUAAGCAUGUGUAUCUAAUGAUGUUGCUGAUUUAGGUUAUUCAAGAUCAUUUGUUUGAUUGUGACAA